AUGCACGAGCUGCUCGCCGCCCGUCGCUCCCUGACGGCCCGGGGGGCCCCGAUCCCCGGACCUGGCCAGCACCAGCGCCUUCCCCCAACAAGAGCCGACCACGGCAUCCGCGUUGUCGCAAAUGUCGGUCGACCGAGGCCCUGGCCGGCACACCCGCUUACACCUGCAGUGGCAGCCACCGAACCCCAGACAGCUGCCGUCGUGCUUCUCUGCCUCAACGGGCGAAGAGAGGAGGAGGAGGAGGAGGAGGAGGAGGAGGAGGAGAGGGGCGGCAGAGCAGCCUGGCGUCGCGCCUGCCGGCGUCGAGGGGGCCCCCGCUGCUCUGGCCGCGUGCGGACCGCCUGCGGGAGGCCGACCCGUGCUUCUCUCGGUGUGGGCAAGCCGGGGGUGGUGCCACCGCUCGCAACGUCCGCGCCGUGCGGAAUGAUCAGGGGGGCUCAGUGCAACAAUAACGCCGGUGCAUAA